AUGGCAGAAUCAGACAACGAGUCAGGAGGAGGUCAAACAGGUUGCAGAGAGCAAGACAGGUUUCUUCCAAUAGCAAACGUGAGCAGGAUCAUGAAAAAAGCUUUACCAUCAAAUGCAAAGAUCUCUAAAGAAGCGAAAGAAACACUACAAGAGUGUGUAUCUGAGUUCAUAAGUUUCAUAACAAGUGAAGCUUCUGAUAAGUGUCAGAGAGAGAAGAGGAAAACAAUCAACGGUGAGGAUCUUCUUUGGGCUAUGAAUACUCUAGGGUUUGAGGAUUAUGUUGAGCCAUUGAAGAUUUAUUUGCGUAAGUAUAGGGAGAUGGAAGGGGAGAAGAGUGCUAUGAUUGGAAGAGGUUUUCAGAGAGAUCAAGGGAGGCUUGGCCAGGGUGUGGGUGGUGUUUAUGGUUAUGGCUUUUCAUCUUCAAUGAUGAUGAUAGAACAAAACAUGUAUGGAGCUUGGAGUGGUUCGCCGUCUUCGGGAAGAAGUACUAGAUAA